AUGGCGAGCUCUGCGGGCACGCAGGCGUCCUUGGCGCCGCUGAUCCGAAAACUGCGACAUCAGGUGGCUGAGAUUCGGGAACGAGCUCUGAAGAAUAUUUUAUGUAAAUUAGAUCAUAAUUUGAUUGCAUAUACUGACUUGGUUCAAGAAAAGCUGCUAUUUCUGAGUCUUUUGGAAUGGUUCAACUUUCCUGUAGUACCAAUGAAGGAAGAAGUACUUAAUUUAGUGAGCAUCUUAGUAAAGUACCCAUCUGCUGUGCAGCAAUUGGUUGGGAUUGGGGCAGUGGAGUUCUUCUCUGAACUUCGUCAAAACGUGGACCCAAAUCUGCAGGCGGUGAUUGAUGGGAUUCUGGAUGGACUAUUCCAGCUGCCUUCCGACAUCCGUUCUGAUUACCAGGCAAUGCCGGAUCAAGAUCAGCCUUUGCUCCGCAUGGCUACUGCUGUAUUUCCCCAAGAGCCUCAAGCUGGCUAUUUUCAUAAAGGAAGAAGUGCUUUGCAAGAAACACCACCAAAACAGUUUUCAGUGAAACACGGAGUGAAGUGUUUGAAAUUUUCUACGUUUCCUUGGAUACUACUGACAACAACAGAUAGGCACGUCCUGUCAUCAAAUGAAAGUUCACUGAGAAGCAAUAACCCCAGAUUAAUAUGGAGCACAUGUGAGCUACUGCAAGACGUUAUCAUGCAAGACUUCCCUGCAGAGAUCUUCCUUCAGCGUCCAAAGAUUGUUCAGAAUCUUCUCUCUCUCCUAACACUGGCCUUUGGAAGAGAUGGACAGUACCGUUUGGCCUUACAGGCUUUAUCAUGUCUGCAGCAGUUGUGUGUCUUCUUAAGGAACAGACUUAACUUUCAUAGAGAUCCAAGUUUUGUCUCAAGUGAAACCGGUACGGUUUCCCAGAAUUCCUCAAUGUCGUACUCUCAAGAAGCCAGACAGUUCUCUCAAUCUCAGAAUCCGUCUCCUGGAAGUAGCAGUCCUCGACCAUCUGUGAUAGGGCGUACGGGUCAGCGUCCCAGGGGUGAUGGUCAAGACAGGGACGCAGUAUCGUCCAGUGGAAGCAGUGCUCAUGCAAACGCCAACUCCAGAGUGUAUUCACCUUUAGAUGUGGGCUAUAUGGACCUGCAAGAAUUGGAAAAUGAACACUCUUUGGAAUUACAAUUCCAACAGCUUAGUUUUCCUCAGUUCUGUGUGGCUGUCUUGGAAUGUGCUGUACCUCUUCUAAGAAUCGGUAGCAAGAGAAUGAUCCUGCAAGUUCUUGAGUUGCUUGCUGAAGACCUGCUGCUUAUUGUGGAUGCUGUGUCAGAAGAUGUUUGGGAAGAAAAUAGUCUCUUCGGGCUAGAACUUAAAGAAAAGCUGCUUAGAGUCCUAGAUUCAUUGGGUGAAACCAUUUCUUACCACCAAAGUAAUGCCGGCUCAGGGGCAGCAGAUCCUCUUAUAAUGCACCACAGAAUGGUGUUCAUUAGUGUUUCGCUUUUCACAAUUCGUCUGCUGCAAACGCUUCUCCCUGUAGAAAAGGCCAACUAUGUUUUACCAGAAAGUUUACUGGCUGCUUUAUUUGUGCUUUCUGUGGACAUGCCUUUCUCUCUGGAAUAUCCAAGUAUUCAUGACUCAGUCACAGCCUAUUUGGAGCAAAUGAAUUCUGAGAACUACAGUAUUUAUAAGCAAGCUUCAGAGGUUGCCUAUUCAAUUGAAUGCACCUGUAACUUUAUGCUGGAUGUUGACAGAGAGGGAGAAAAUAAUAUUUUUGGUUUACUGGAGCUGGCAGAACAAGCCCUUAAAAGUCUUCCGUAUCAUCAGUACUUUCCCCUACUCCAGACCUUUAUAAAAAUUUGCUCCAACGUAUGGAAGUCUGCUCAAGCUAGCCCCUUCUUGCAUUCUGAGAGUCAGAAGCUGCUCCUCCAUCUGUUGUCCCAUCCUCUGCUGAAUAUUAGAAGCAAAGCCUAUAGCUGCUGCCUCGAAAUGGUUAAGGAAUGCUUAGGUAUUCAUAAUAUUGCUAAGCCCCCAUCUUCAGUUUGCCAUGGAAUACGUUUCUUGCUUCAUCCUAGAGUUCUGUAUGAAAUCUGUAGUUUUGGCCUUCAAGACUCCCAACAUGAGCAGGUGUCCUCGGCUGCCACACUGAUGCUGAUGUAUCUUCUUCAGGGCCAGUUCAUGAUGGCACCAAUGACCUGGAACAAGUUUAUUGAGGCCCUCUAUCCCGUUGUUCCAAUUCUUCAGGGUUAUGCAGACACAGAAGAACCUCUGGGUAAUUGCAUCCUUGCACUGAGUGAAACAAAUGAUGCAAAUGAAGGGAUUCUCCCAAGAACUACUCGGCUUAGGGCUGCCCUGCGUCUUCUGUUCUCAAAGAAGCCACUGGUUCGUUCCAUGGCACUAAAACACCUCAUGUUCCAUCUUACGGUUGAAGAAGGGGCUAACCAGAAGCGUCCACUGUUGAAUGGUGGUGUCCUCUCCAGUGUUCCCAAUCUAUUUAUUGUGGAAAAACCUAUUCAGCUGAAGUUGGAUGAAGCUAAAGAGUCAGUGUUCAAGGCCGAGACUAUUGAAAAGCUGUAUGAUAUUUUUAUCUCGGGUACUAUUGAUCUGGCUUUGAGAAAGUCUGCUGCUGAACAGUUAGCUGUGAUUAUGCAAGAUUCUCAAAUGCAUGAGGUUAUUAAAAAGAUGGGUGUGAUAGACAGAAUACUUGCUUAUUGUACUGAAUGUGUUCACCGUGAUGGCAAGAUCAUGGACUGUAUGGUAUUGCCAUGUCUUACACUCUUAAGGAAACUUUUAUAUGCAGAACCAGCUAAACGGCUGUCAUUGGCCUUCCAGCCUUAUGUCUUGCUCAUGUUAUUUCGAGUUUCUUUAAUAUUCCAAGAACAUGGCGCUGUGGUGAAUGAAGUAGCGGUGUUGCUUUGCCUUCUACUGUUUGAUGAAGCAGCGAGGAAAGAGAUGUGGACCGAUGCAGUUUCCUGUGAUUCCUCUAGCACUCUCCCUUUUAGUUUGCCUGUUGCAGUUGUGAGACGGUAUCAUCUACCUUUUCGAAUAACUGCUCAUCAUGCAGUGAGUCCUAACUCUGUGGUGUUACCAUUUUCUUGUGAACUCUGGUCCUUGAGACCUGUGUCUGACAUGCUUAAAAUGGCUUGGAAUCUGUCUUGGUUUCAUGGUAUCGAUAACCUACUGCAACUAACAAAUUAUGACACAGGAAGCCAAGAAUUUUUGGACACAUUAAAACUGUCUUCAGCAGAUCUCGUGACCCUGAAGAUAACGCACACCAGCAGUGGACUGCAAGACUGUCUUGAUUCAAUCGUUCAAGCAGGGUCCCACCGGGAAGUUCGGGCUGCUGUCGCGAGGAUGAACUUUUAUGUUUUAAAUGAUAGGCUGGCCUUAAUCUGCAGCCGUGGUCCUUGUGGGGCCACUUUGAAAUCUUCAGCUUGGCAAACAGCAUUAAGCAGGUUUCUACAGGUUCUUCCAGCUUCUUCAGAAGAUGAAAAGCUCCUGGCUGAUGUCCUGUGUUUUCUGAACAAGUUGCUAAAGGAACAACAAAGUACUUCGGAGGUAGAACACCUGAAGUGGAUUCUGGAUGUAGUACUGAAGCAUAAUCCGGAGUCUUUACUAGAUCUGGUUGUGCAACCAGAAUCCCUGGCACAAGAUGAAGUGGAUGACACCAAGACUGUUGUCAGACGACAACUGCAGAAGGAAUUGAUCACUUUCUUUAAUACACUUCUGCUCAGCUUCAUGUCAAUUACGGACAGGAAAGAUGUAGAACUUGCUGGAUAUUUCCGAACAGAACUGGCCUUGAAACUUAUGCAGUAUUUACGGGUGACUGAUGCCCCUCGUUUCUAUGGAUUGCCCUCUUUGGAAAGGACACUAAGAGGAAUGGUUCAUGUCACGGCCGUUCCGGGCUGGAGUUCCUACUCGGUUACAAUGGAACCAUUUACAAUUUGUAAGAAAUACUUAGCAGGGCUUCUUGAGGUCAUCUCCUCUUUUUAUGUUGAAUGGAGAGGAAAUGCCAUGUCUUUCAUGGGAAAAGGUGUCACCAAGUGUACUAUUCUUUGUUUGCUUCACUUGUCCCACGAAAUGAUAGCGCAGGCCCCAAAUGCGGACUGGGUAUCUCUCUGGUUCUUGCCAUGUGACAACAGUGAAGAACAGUUUACUUCUCCACAAGGCCUGGCAUGGCUGAUUCCAUUAUGGGUGGACAGAGACCCCGAGGUGAAGUCCACCUCGCUUUCGAUAGGAUCAGCGCUCACAUCCCUUGAAGCUGGUUGCCUUGCUCUGGCUGAAAGCUGCCAGAAUAUUUCAGGAGGCCUAUGGGGAACUGUGAUAAACAUCCUUCUGGACCAGUCUGAGUGUAGCAUGGUCCGAAGAGAGGCCGCGUUUAUUCUUCAGAAUCUGUUGGUGAUCCCACUACCCGUCGAAGAGGUUAAAGACUCCAUUUGGCAGGGACCUUGUGUGCAUGAUGAAGAAUCUGGCUUAUCUCUGACUGGAAAACCUGCCCUGCAGGCCCUGUUAUAUCAUUGCCGUUUUUACGAACAUUUGACUGAGAUGGUGAGACAGUGCUACCUAGGUCGAUAUACAUUUGAUCUGAACUGUUCCUUGGGAGACAGCCUGGCAGCAGAAAAGAAUAGUAUCAGUGAUUUUGAUGACUCCAUUAACUCUUGGAGACUCCUGUCUAGUCAAAGCCACUCUCCAGGUUCUCAAUCAACAUCUGAGACUAUGAUCAUUUCACCAGCAUCGUCUCUGGAGAACGCGGUGGAAUUACAAGCAACCGCCUCUCCCCUUGCCAGUGUUAUCCGUGAAGUGCCCGUUAAUCGGCUCAUGGCUCAAGGCCAGAGUGACACCACCACCACCACAUCCUCAAGUCCAAACGAUUCCCCCCGGUCCACCAUUAGGCCUAAUCAGCGCGUUGUGAUCACCCCCCCUCUUCUUUCAGCUGUGUGUGGCUUACUGGAUAACCUGCUGAUUGUCACUCCAAAAGACACUGGGAUUGCUCUUCAGCAAGCACAGACACUAACUGCUCUCAGUAGUCUUAUAAAUUCAAGCUUGAUAGAGAGAUGUAUCUUGGAAAUGAAAUCGCCUCUUCCUCGGUCACCUCAUAUGGAGUACACAAAAAUUCAGGUUUUGUUUCUACUGCAGUUUAUCUCAUCGUUGUCCCAACUCUUGAAGUCAUGCUUGUUGGCAGACACUCGCCUGGUGAUGCAGGAUGAAUUAUUGACAUCUCUCUUAAGAAAUACUUUCAUGGUCCUCUCCAUUCGCUCCAAGGAUGGCUUAGAGCCUGAAUUAUCUGUGGCAGUUCACCAAUCCUGGGAAGACUUAUUCAGCCUUCUGGUGACGCUGUUAAGAAAAUGCGGACGUGCUUCUCUCCCAUCAGUGACUGCAGCACUUGCCAAGCAUUGGACUGCAAUAAUUGAUACAGUAUGUGAAUGUGUGCACCUUUCUGUAAGUUGCCCUGACUUGCACGUGGCUUGUUUGCAAUUCCUGGCCGUUCUCUUUUCCGAGGAAGGGAAGAGAGUGCUUCACAAUGAAGAGAGUGCUCGCUACCACCCAACUGUGGUUUUCCUUCUAGAUGAAGAUAAAGGGAGUCGAGCAUCUGUAGCCCAACUUUGUGAAUCAAUAAUUCAGAACUAUGAAGGAAAAUCCUCACAAGAUGUUUUGAAACCCAUCGCUGCAAGUGCUUUACUUCCCCUUUUGGCCAUCAGUAAAAGUGCACAGAAGUGUGCUUCGGAAGCCAGCCUUAUAGAGAGCUGCUUGGAACAGAUGAAGCACAUUCACGCACAGCUGAACCUCGAUUCCUUGAGGCCUGGGAAAGCGGUCCAGAAAAAAAAGGAUGAUCACCUCGGCAAAGAAUUAAAGCUUGUCAUGCAGCUCCUAAGAAACUGUUUCUUUCGAAAUGAAGGCUGCAAAGUGGCGGUCCUCGGAACUCACUUUGUCUCUGUUUUACAUUCUCUGUGGCCGUGGCUUUUAAUGGACGAUUCGCUGAUGCAAACGACUCUGCAUUUGCUUUGUGUCUACACUGCAAACUAUCCUUCAGGCUGUAGUCUCCUGUGCAUAGCAAGCAGUGGAUUAUCUCCUCAUCCGACAGCCCAGAGAAUUGCAGCUGGAAAUUCACUAAUGCACAGCAUUGUGAAGUUAGCAUCCCAAACCCCAGCCGAGAACAGCAUCAUCCAACAGAUGACCUUUACUCUUCUGGCUAACCUUGUUAUAGCUCAUGACUGCAGGGGCAUACUUCAGAAGAAUAACUUUCUGCAGAACUUUUUGUCACUACCAUUGCCAAAAGGAGGAAACAAAUGCCUUGGUGUUCUAGCUGUCGCUUGGCUGAAACUCCUGUUGAACUUAUCGUUUGGAGAAGAUGGACAGCAGAUGAUUGUGAAGAUGAAUGGAAGCGUAGAUCAACUCAUAGAGAUGACCAAGUACAAAUACAAGAGUAAUCCGUAUAUGGUCCUCCUGAUUCUGCACAACGUUUGCUUCAGCUCAGCCAACAAAGCCAAGAUACUAGCUAACGAUAAAGUCAUUGCAGUGCUGUCUGCUUGUCUGGAAAGCGAUAACCCCGUGACUCAAAGAAUAGGAGCAUCUGCACUUUGGGCUUUGCUCCACAAUUGCCAGAAGGCAAAAGUGACUUUGAAGAAUCCGUCAAUAAAGAGAAGAAUAGAUGAAACUUAUGCUUCAGUAAAGAAAACUGUUCUACAGAAUCCCGAAAACCAGCAGGAUGCCUAUCACUUAAAAUGUCUGGAGACCCUAAUGCAACUUCUCAGUAGCUGACAAAAGUUGUAUGAUGUUGC